AUGGCCAUCGCAGAAAAUUAUAAUCUGCAUCUGGACAUUGGUGGAGAGGGACACAGUGCCAAAGAUAACAGUGGUUUCGACUUGGCGAUCAAUGUCAAUAUCUCCACAGAAACCACCUUUGAAGUGGUUGGUGAGAAUGGUUUUCCCGAUCACGAACCAUUCCCUACAACAUUGUCCUUAUUGAUUGGACAAAGAGCAUUCCUCACCGCGAUUCGACCGUCAAUUACAUCACUGUCCAAAGCAUGA